AGGAAACCUGGAUCUAUUAGACAAGAGUAUCAUUCGGUCAAGAGCAGUCUACUUGACUGAAACUUGCCUCAGCGUAUGAGUAUUAAUGUAUAGGCUGAUGACUGAAGGAAAUAUGAGUGAUCAGCGAGCAGACUGACAAUCGUUGAAGCGAAAUUACAACAUAUAUUUAUUCAAAAUUCUUCUAUUAAAUUGAAACAACUUUACCAUAAUAAGUAAGCUAACUGCGGUAGCUAUAGCUAACAAGCUAUUACUGUUAGCCGCAAGCUGAUGCUGUGGGCUUGAAGUGGAUUUGAAGUUGACUAAGUGAAGAGGCUAAUGUUUCGGAGCUUUAAUUAAACUUUUCAAGUUAUACUUGAUAAAAAAAGCACCAUCUUGUCCAUCUUCAGAAACCAUUAAUAUUACGCUGCUUCGGUGUGGCGUUGAGCGGUUAGGAACAACACACCAGACAGUGAUGUCAGAAGAUGAAGUUAACCCUACCUCUCCUAACCCAUCUGUCUCAUCCAUCUCACUGGUUGAGAUCAAAGAAGACACUUGUCUGGUGCUGAAAGCAUUUCUCCGCAACUCUUUGUCUGUCCCUCAGGCCGAUCGGCCCGGGACAGUGGGGGGACUCUACAAAGACCCUAACAAGUACAGUGCCAAUGCUAAGAAGCGGCAGGACAAUGGCUGGGACUCUCUGGACGAAGACAUCAGUUCAGUGGAGGAAAAAAAGCAUGGCUUCAAGGACCUCAUAAAGAGGAGGCUGCAGCCACGGCCCUCCACCCUCUCCGGCCGUCACUCAGCUAGAGACCGCAGUUUAGACCAAGCCCGAAAAAGCAGCUCCUUGGAGAAUGACAAUAGACUGAAGGGAAGAGAGUUAUUCAAGGAAAACUUUGGAUCCCCCUCUACAUCAGAGGAUGAAGGGAACGAGGGGAGAGAGCAGAAAAGAGCAAAGAAUAAGUUAAAAAGCCAGUUAUCCUCUUUCUUUAACAUCAAAAAGAAGGUUAAAGACGAUGAGAAACCUACUCCAAAGAAGCCAGAGAAGGAUAAAGACAAUGAGGAGGCGCGUCAUGUAGGGCCAUCACCAGAUGCACCGGUCGGCACCCCCACGCACCCUCCUGAGUUCUAUCAGGAGGUGGCUGGGACACUGGAAAGGAUUGCUCAACGUUCCCAAAGUAUAAAGAGGCCUAAAAAACCCAGCCCACGACCUAGCCCUGCUGCCACCCCAGUGAAACCUCCGCCUGAACUUGACAAAGAAGAAGUGGUGCGCCAGUUGGUCCAGGUACUAUCUAUGGAAGCGGACAUCAUGAACUCUAAGAUAGAGUCGGACCCCUUCCUGCGCUCCACGCUGACCCGUCUAUCCUACCCGUCUUUUGCCAAGCUCCUGGACACCUUCGCGAGCCAAGAGCAGGCCACAACCUCGCCCCUGCCACAGCCCGCCAGCAGUCCCACCCUGCGACGGGUAGCCGUCACAAUGGAGGUGUCACGCCGCAUGGUUACAGCCACAGGGACACAGCGCAUGCAGGGCUACGCCGAGCGCUACAUGGAGAACUUUGUCCCCUGGGUGAAGAGCCAAGGCGGAUGGGAAAGUAUCGUCCGGUUGGAGGAGAUUUUGGAAUACGACUGACAAUUCUACAGCGCCAAAGGAGAUCAGAAAUUGGGAAAAACCUUAACUACCUCCUUGAAACAGUGAACAAAAGAACACUGUAUGAACUUUAACCUGUGACAUGCAAGGACUGUUUCUCGGUCAGGUCAGGUAGAAAUCAGGGCCCUUCCUAUGACCUCAGAAGUAGCUUUUUAUAAGAGUUUUUUAUCACGUUAAAGAAGUUUGACACUUGUAUUUAUGUUUCCAAUUUGUAUGUACUUUUUAAAAUUCCUUUUUAUUAAUGUUUUUCUAUAAAUGUUUUACAGAAACAUUGAUUUUGUUUGUGUUUCAUUACUUGUUGUUAUGACUAGAUCACUGUGAAGUAGCUGUGGUGCUAUGUUUUGACUGUUUGUUUUAUGCUUUGUUUUAUGCUAUAUUAUCAGUGUUUAAUUGAUAGUGAGAAAGACAAAGCGUGAGGAAUCAAAACCAUAAGACAGCAGUAUGUGUGUACUGAAGGCUGCAGCUUUCACCACCGCACCACCCUAGGCCAUAUAAUCAAUGUUUGUCUAUUGGAUGGAGUAAGUGUAUGAAAGCAUCUUAAAUAACAGCAAUGAAUACAUUCCUCAUAGACAUUAUGGAACGAUUUAGAAUACAAGUUUAUUAGAAAUAUGAACUACUACAACAUUCAUACAUUCAUACAAGUGAUUGUUUUUUUUUUACAAAAUGUGCACGUUUACAACUACCACUCAACAUGUGUACAAAUGACAGGAAUGGAUUUACAUCUUAUUUUCCUAUGCAUUUGCUCACAGUCUGAGAUUUAAUUUAAUUUUUGGUCAACCAGCUUACAGAUACUGUAGAAAAAUAUAUUUUUGGAUAUUCAAAACAUUUAAAAGUGAUUUAGAUGGCAAAAUGAUUGCAAGUUUCUUCUUUUGGAAAUAAAUGUUUUGAACUAGAAUUAUAGCAACCAGGAAAUGUCAUUGUAAUGUCACUUGCCUGUCUGUCAUUGGUUCUUUGUGGAAAUAUUAUUGUGUGUCCGAGUGAUAAGUUGGAAGAGAAUGAGGGUUCCACAUUUCCAUUUGACAACAGAAACUGUUGCAACUUCUUCUGACCAAUAGAAAUUCUGAAUUUUACGAUGCGCUUCUGUAUUCACUCAAAGUCAUUGCUGAUCCUAAAAGCUUGUGAAACAGUCUUUCCACUAUUACCGCAGAUUUUAAUGUUCUUAUAAUGAAAACAUUCUACAUAAUG